GGCACCGCACAAUCCUAGCGGUCGGGUUAGUAUGCGCUGCGGGCAAUUUUGCAGCAUGGCUACACAGAAUCAUACAACACGCACCAACAAAUCCUGGUGCUUCUUUUCGGACACUUGUAUUUAAAGCAGCAUGCAUCGUCAGACUUGGUCCUGAAGAGCCCGCCGUGCUGUAUCCUCCCUCAGCGUUCUAAACUUACAUAUAAUGCAAGAACAGGCAGGACUCACUUCCUUUCCCGAUGCUAAGGGGGUCCCCGAACGCGAGAUAUCGUCUGAUCCUCAGCUACACUUCAAUGGACUUGGCAGGCUGAAGGGUGUCACCUAUCGCGUCGGUUUCCAGGUUCAACGUGAGCUGCGCAAUCAGUUCGAACCAUGGCUCAGAUACUAUAAGGCUAAAAUAGAGACGGCAGACGGCCGACAGGUCGCCCAACUCACCUACCGAGUCGUGAAUGGAAAUUAUCUCGAAGAUUUCCAUGAGGAUCUUCAAAUGUCCGAGUAUGGCGGCCAGGAACUAGAGGAAAUAUUUACUCUCCUGUACGAAAACGAUGGCCGCUUGCGCGACAGGUGGAUGACCGGCCGAGACGCCGGCACAAGAAUCUUCGGACCAGAGCUGAGUGCCAAGGCUACGAAGAUCGCAGUACUUUCCUGCGUCGACAAGGAUCCGCGCGGCGACUUUCUUAUGGUACACGAGGAUUUUCGCCGACACGGGAUUGGUCAAUGGGCACUUCAGGCGCUCCUCCAAGUGCUCCGUGACGAGGGCGUGAAGGUGGUGCUAACGCGGCCUACCGCUCCUCGCCUUGAGCCGGAGUACAAGGGGACGCCUGUUGAAACGCUGUAUCUGAGACGUAACCUUAGAUUCGCCCGUAAGGCCGGGUUCCGCAGAGUGGGUUUGUCGCCAAUCUUCGCUUACAUGGCCACCGAUUCCAACCAUCCCUCACGCCAGUUGCCUGCGGACGGGGACACAGUAUGUUCAAUUCCUUUCGGAUGAGCCUGUGUCUCAUAAACGCUUAGGAUCCUGCGAGCCCAUGACGACAUCCUUGGUUUACGGCUUGGCUAGACGACCAUCCCCUCCCUUCAUCUGCUAUCGUGCUUUCGUCUCAGUCGUUCACUUGUAUCGAUGGCAUUCAACUGCCUUCCGUGUGCAA